AUGUCUGGUAUAGAUCCAGAUGAGGAAGCCAAUGUCACAGAAAAUCCAGAUCCUGAAUCUGAAAGUGCUGCUUCAGUGAAUGCAGAGAAUGAUCUGCCAGAAAGUAAUCCAAAUGAUGGAGUAGAAGGAGAAAUUAAUGUACCGGUCAGCAAUGAACACUUGCCACAAGACAAUGGCUCUCAUCCAGAAAAUGUGGUAGAUGAAAAUGUUGAGGAAAAUAAGGCAGAAGAGGAUGGGCAAGGACAGGAUGAAUGUGUUAUGAAUGUGGAAGGAGAUGAGAAAGCUGAGGAUGAAAGAGAGGCAGAUGGUGGGGUGAUUCGGGAGGGACAGAUCAGCUGUGGGAGGGAUGAACAGCUGAUUCAGGGGAUAGGGCAAGAGGAGGCAGAAGCAGAUGCCUCACUGGUGAGAGAAGUCAGUAAGUGUGAAAGUGAAAGUCAUGUUAAGUGUGGAGCUUCUCUUGAUGAAAAUGAAAGUGAACCUAUAAAUGUAUUGGAACAAAGUGAACAGAGAGUAAAUGAUGCAAGAGAAGAAGAAAAUAUCAGUGAAGGAAGCAAUUCUGUGAUAAAUUUAGGUAGUGAUGGUUCAAACUCGGAAUCAAACCUUGUACAAUGUGGUGUAAACAAUGUGGUAGAGAAUCUCAGUCCUGAAAAUUCAGUGGUUGUGGAUGGAAAUGCCGUCAUUCCAGAGGAUGAGAUCUGUUGUCAAAACUGGACAUCUGAAGCAAGACCGCAGUUACAUGUACUCUCUCCGACAGAGAGCAUUGAAUCUUAUGAACCAGAGUGUGACCAAGAGGCAGACAUAUCACCGAGUCAUGAACCUGAACCAGCAAACAGUGAUGAACCUGAACAAGCAAACAGUUCAGAAAUGAAUGAAACUUGUGGACAGGGAGGGGGAGAAAAUCAAGGGGAGGAGACUAUUUGUGUUGUAGUCAAUCCUCAGAAUCCAGCUUUAAGUGAUAAAGAAUCCAGGACAGAUCAUGUGACAUCUAGUCAGUAUGAUACAAAAACCACAUCGUGUUCAACAGAGAGCAAUAAAAUUGAUGGUGCUGGUCUGAACUUUGUAAAUGUGAACGGGAGUGUUACAAAUCAUAUCGAAAGUCGAAAUAAAAUCUCAACUUAUGAAUCUGAUGAUGACCUCUUGUCUGAACUAGAAUCUGAACUGACCAAUGGCCCGAGAACCAAUCAAAAUAGUCGAAAUGGGCCUGAUGCAGAGGUCAAUCCUAAAUUACCCAAUGGAAUGUGUGGAACAAUUGAUCAUAAAGUUAGGCAGGAAAUCCAAGAUUUACAGAUGCAGCUGAAGCAUUCCAGAGACAAACUAGAGCAGAAAGAUGCUGAAAUGAAAAGACUGACAAUCAAGGGAGAGGAACAGGAGACGUACGUGGAGAGGAUCCUUAAGGAGCGGGACUCGUAUCUCAAGGAAAUCCGACAUCUGAAAUCUCAGGAUGACCUCUACCUCCCCCAAAUCAAAGAGCUGGAGUAUACAAUUGCACAACAGACCAAUGAAAUCAGGACAGUAAAAGACAAACUCACAAGCCAUGAUGCUGCAGCCAAGAGAACAGUGGCUGCCCUACAGAAUGAACUAAAAGUCAGAGUCGAUCAGGUGACAAAAAUGUAUGAAGAAGCCAACAAGGAAAAAGACACAAUGGUUGUAAAAUAUGCCAUGGCUGAAAAAAAAUUCAUAGAAGGUCAAAAGGCCAUAGAAAGGUUAGAGUCCAAAGUUCGUGACCUUACUAAGGAGAAGGAAGGGGUAACCCAAAGAGUCAAGGAUAUCAAGGGAGAGAAGCAUCGAUUGAUGGCUGAUCUGGAAGCAAAAGCUGUUGAGGUACAAGGUUUAACAAAAGAGGUGGAGAAACAAAGUGAGUUGAUUUCCUCCUCUGAAGUCAGGAUAAAGUGGGCCCAGAACAAGCUACGAGCUGAGCUCGAUGCUCACAAGGAAACCAAGGAAGAGCUGUCAAAGACCAGAUCCAAGCUGAAGGAUGCUAAAGAUGAAACCGAGCAGAUCAGAAGAGAUUGUCAGGCCAUCAUUAAAACCUACCAGGAGUCAGAAGAAAUCAAAUCUAACAAGUUAGACAGUGAGCUGAAGAUGAAGGAGUCAGAGUUCCUUCAACAGCAGCAGGAAAAGACAAGCCAGGAGGAGCAAUAUGCUGCUACUGUGAAAGAAUUAGCAAGUUUGAAGGAAAAACACCAGAUAACUCUAAAGGAAAUGGAAUCUUUGAAGAAGAAAU